AAUCAUAUAUUUUGGCAGACUUUGAGACCCAAUUGCUAUCAUGGAGUUUUUAAAAAACUGUUGCAAGAACCUCUCUAAGAGGAACACGAAUGAACAGGAGACUCAAGUGAUCAAAAUGAAGGUGGCUCCAAAGGAGUUAACAGCCACGGGAGAACUGCUGAAUGACAGCAAUAAGAGCCAGUUAACCCAAGAUUACCUUAUAUCCAAGCAGCCUCCUGGUGGCAAAGAGGUCCCGUUUGUCGUGCCUACCUUCAAGGCCACUUAUGUUCAACCCCCAAACCGCAAGUUCUCCAAUCAACAGCCAGGACUGCAGAGUUCAGCCAGGUCAACUUUUACAGCGAGGAAAGCAGACCUGUUGGGCACCAGUUUCUUCCCUUACAACUCGGAGUCCAUCUUUCAUCAGGGAAACAUGCUGGCAUACAUUUCCCCCGGUUCGACCCGAAGAAACCAGCAAAGAAACCUCCCCCAGAGCACAGGUCAGAUCAACCAGCAGAGACGGAGCAGCUCCACUCUUGAUCUGAAUGCCCCUCAGGGUCGAACGCAGCGGAUUGACUCCCUGUGCAGCACCAUCAGCAGCACCUCCAUGGAAAGGAGUCUGGAAUCUAUAGCUUUGUCGGGGGAUGAGCAAGAACUGGGGAAGGUCUGUGUCCGGCUAAGAUAUCAGCAGGAUGUGGAGCAGGUGUGGAUCACCCUGGUUCAGUGUUCAGACCUCUGCGUUCGUCCAGAUGAAGAACAGAAGAUUGGCAUCAAAGCAAUCAUCACUGUCCCCAAACCAAUACACUUCAAGACCUCUCUUAAAGAGUAUCAUCAGGAUGUCACCAUCAUGGAAACCUUUGUGUUUGCGUUGCGUCUGCAGCAGCUCCAACGCAGCGCCUUGGUUCUGCAGCUUCAAACCAACAACCCCAGGAAACGUACUGUGGCCGAGUGUGUCCUCUCCCUGCAGCAGCUGAGUGCUGAGGAGACAGAACACUGGCUGGACCUUAAACAGCCCUCCAAAUCCUCAGUGUGUAAUUCUGAGCUGCAUAUCAGUACCCUCUUUCAGCCAGUCAGUGGUCGCAUCCAGCUUAAGGUCCUUGAAGCUAAAAACCUCCCACCCUCAUCCUCUCCUCUCCCCCAGGUUUUUUUUGUCAAAGUUGAGAUGCAGCAGUUAGGACAAGGGGCUAUUAAGAAGAAGACUCAAGCGCUAAAAGCAUCAAGCGGAAAGUGUCGGUGGGAUGAGACAUUUCCUUUCCUGUUGGCGUCCCUGGAGCACGCCUGCUUGCUUUCGCUCAGACUCUACAGCUGCAAUUCUGUCAGGAGGAAACAGUGUCUUGGACAGGUUCAGCUGGGCUUUGACAGUCCUCUCCCAGCAGCUGUAGAGCAGUGGAAGGAGACGAUGGCUCACCCAGAGAAAGUGGUGACAGCGUGGCAUCGGCUGAGUCCUACAUAAACCUGCUUCCUGGACUAAUGCAACC